GUCGAAAGCAAAACAACCUUCGUUCUAUCCACCGCGCGGCAGAACAGAAGUCUGUUUGGCGUUGCUUAGCAGGUCCUGUCUAUCCUCUCUUUUCCCACGUACGCGGUGCCCACGAAAGUCCGGAAUUCAUUGCUUGCGUUUCCGGUUCCCCGACCCCAAGUCCAGCUUUCCAACUUCUUCAAUCGGACGAACUUCACACUCAGAGCUGGAGUUUGAGCUGGCCUUGGCCUGAUAGGCCAUUGAAUCUUUCUUCAAUAUGAAGGCCAGCUUUUUGGCCUUCUCCCUCCUUGCGGCUGUCUUCCAGCCAGUGUUUGCUGCAUCACACGGCCUGGAGAAAAGUGCGGACGCCAAACUUGAGAAUGAUGCUUCAGAUAGAACGACAAUAUUUCACGAUGUGCGGGUACCGCCUAUGAAGGAAGUAGAUGCUGCCGGUUUCGAUGAGACUAUCAAGGAUGGAUAUUGGUUUGUCAAAUUCUACUCUCCUUACUGUCAUUUUUGCAAGGCUGUCAGGCCCGCAUGGCAGACUCUUUAUGAAUUUUACUAUACAUCGAAUCCAUUGAAAUCUUCAACUUCGAAACAAGUGCCCAAUCCCGAGUCCUCCCUUAAUUCCUUCCAGGGUUAUUACGACUUUCACUUUGCGGAGAUGGAUUGCGUUGUAAAUGGUGACAAGUGUCAGGAGUUGGAAGUCAAGGAAUGGCCGACUUUUGCACUGUAUCAUGAUGGCAAGCUGGUCGAGAAAUAUAAUGGUGAGAGGAAUAUGGAAGGCCUGAGCCGCUUUGUCGAAAAAUGGUUGGAAUCCAUUAAGCCUGGCUCGCGGCCUAGAGGUGAAAUGAAACUUCCGGAACCUGGUGCCAAGAUCGUUCCCGAGCAACCAAAGGACAAGGAGGACGCUAUAAUUGGUGAACCCGACAUAAACGCUGGAAGCUCAACGUCUGCCACUUCCCAGAAGUCAGAUGAUUCUGUAAAACCUGCUGCGCCUGCCCUCCCCGAGAGGAAACAACCUGCUCCCAACCCGCAGGGAAUGUCGGUUCCUUUAACAGCCGAGAGCUUCCAAAAACUUGUUACCACAACGAGAGACCCAUGGUUUGUGAAAUUCUAUGCUCCAUGGUGCGUUCAUUGCCAGGCCCUUGCCCCUAUCUGGAGCCAGAUGGCCAAGGAUUUGAAAGGCAAGCUUAAUAUAGGCGAGGUAAAUUGUGAGGUGGAGAAAAGACUCUGCAAAGAUGCCCGUGUCAAUGUCUAUCCGACGAUGUACUUCUUCCGGGGAGGCGAGCGCGUUGAGUAUGAAGGCCUUCGGGGUCUCGGUGACUUGGUGAAUUACGCGAGGAAAGCCGUUGACGUCGUCGGCUCGGGCGUCCAAUACGUGGACGCUACGGCGUUCAAAAAGAUGGAAGAAACUGAAGAAGUUAUUUUCUUAUAUUUCUUUGACCACGCCACUACGUCCGAAGACUUCGCUGCGUUGGACCGUUUAACCCUUAGCCUCGUCGGGCGUGCCCGUCUUGUCAAGACCAACAGUACUAUCCUUGCCGAGAGAUUUAAAAUAUCAACAUGGCCCAGGCUCCUUGUGUCGAGAGAUGGUAGACCAAGUUACUACACUGCGCUUGCACCUAAGGAUAUGAGAGACUUCCGUCAGGUCCUCGCAUGGAUGCAGAAAGUGUGGCUACCAAUUGUCCCAGAAAUGACGGCAUCUAAUGCUAAAGAAAUCAUGGAACGAAAAUACGUCGUCCUCGGCAUUCUCAAUAGACAGCGAUCCGAUGAAUUCAUACAAGAUAAACGGGAAUUGAAGAACGCAGCACUAGAAUGGAUGGAAAAGCAGACAAAACUAUUCCAACUGGAGCGUCAAGAACUUCGCGAUGCAAAAGAGCUACGGAUUGAAGAAGCUGAUGACCGAGAUGACCAGAGAGCUUUGAGAGCCGCUAAGAAUACACGCAUUACGAUCAAAGAAGACGAUAAGAAGCAAGUUGCUUUCGCCUGGGUUGAUGGUAUUUUCUGGGAUAGAUGGAUCAGAACGACAUAUGGCAUCGAUGUGCGGAAUGGAGAGCGUGUCAUUAUUAACGAUGAAGAGAACCGCCGAUACUGGGACACGACUCCUAACGGAGGCUUUAUCGUCCCCAGCCGGACCUCCAUUUUGGAAACCAUCACACACGUCGUUUCAAACCCGAGCAAACUCAAAUCCAAGUCCACCGUCGGUACUUUUGAGGGUCUUUUCUUUUCUAUCCGUACAUUUACCUUCGCUCAUCCAAUCAUCACGUUUUUAUUAUUCGUCGCUGUUCUUUUCGUCUCGUCUUUUAUUGCUAGAGGCAAACUUCGAAGAGGUAGAUCCGCAGGCGGCUUGUUAGGCAGUGUUGGCGGUAGCUCUGGAGGAUUCUUUCACCUUGACGGAAAAGAAGGCCUCCUUGGUGGAGGCAGUGGAGGUGGUAAAGUCGAUUGACAAACGUGAACUUCGACAUUUACCCAUUCUCCAUAUUAACCUUUUAUACUAUUAUACUUUCUGUGAUAAUAUUGCAAGGUUGAGCUUCUCCCUUUUACGCUGUUAUAUUUACCUGGUGUGUAGUUUUUUCCAUUAAUUGGGGGUUUUUGAUGUUUUCAGUCAUAUUGUUUUGGAGAUGUAUACGAAAACAUUGAGAAGGCUGGAACAGGAGUAUAAUUGAUCGGACCCUUCCUCGUUUUCGCCUUUCUAAUGCAUUUUUUUCAAUUUUCAGCUUUUUCUUCUGUCUGUCCUCCUUAUUCCAGUUCCGCGUCUCUACAUCAACGAUUCUCCCUGUCUGAAUAGAGUUCCACCACAACUUAAUGAAUACCGGUCACUGCUUUCGUCUCGCUGUGUAACUACGCGGUUCAUGCCAAUCGGGAUUGGUAUUAG